GUAUGGCAGUCUCUCCCGGGAACGGUGGGCGCGCGCCAUGGAGGCUUAUGAACAGGUCCAGAGGGGGCCCCUGAAACUGAAAGGCGUCGCCGAGCUCGGCGUGACCAAGAAGAAGAAGAAAAAGAAGGAUAAAGACAAGGCGAAACUCCUGGAAGCGAUGGGAACCAGCAAAAAGAACGAGGAGGAGAAGCGGCGCUGCCUGGACAAGCGGACCCCGGCGCAGGCGGCCUUUGAGAAGAUGCAGGAGAAGCGGCAAAUGGAAAGGAUCCUAAAGAAAGCAUCCAAGACCCACAAGCAGAGAGUGGAGGACUUCAACAGACACCUGGACACGCUCACAGAACAUUAUGACAUCCCCAAAGUCAGCUGGACCAAGUAGCCUUCCAGGACAGCCCUCUGCCCUCUGCCCCUGUACGUCCUUUGCUGAGAGUGCACUCUGGAAACUGUGCCCCCAUUCUGGAGCUGAUUAAAUUAGGACUGUCCUUUCA